CAGACACACACACAGACAUGGUGAGGACACGGCGGAACUCGGCGGUCGAGGCCGAGCCCAAGACCAACAGCGGCCGCAUCUCGUCCAGGACUCGCUCCACCAGGUCGUCCGUCAAACACGAGGAGCCCAAGCGGGACAAUGGUAAUGAUGAUGCAAGUUUGAGUGAUAGCCAGAUUGAACCACCAGCAAAACGUAGGCGAAGGAAUGCAGACACAGUUUCUAGUGACCUUUCAGCUGAUCGCAGUCCCCAUAACAGUGGUCCAGCCGAAGAAUGGCGCGGCACACCGAGACCAUCCAGAUUAUCUACUCGUGCAGGUGCUUCAAUACAAAAUGGACAUAGUAGUUUGGUUCUCAGAACUGGAAACCGACGGGAAGCCCAAGAGGAUGGGGAUCACUCGCUCAUGAAUGGAGAUUCGGAAGUUAGGAGAAGUGGACGGGCAAGGAGAAACAAGUUUGAAACCCUUAACCAGAGCCUGCUGUUUGAUCAGUUAGUGAACAGUACUGCAGAGGCUGUAUUACAAGAAAUGGAUAACAUCACCAGCAACAUUAGGCAGAAUCGAAGGCCUGGAGAAGUGGAGCGCCUUAGGAUGUGGGCAGAUACAGAGUUUGAGAACAUGGAUAUGUAUUCUCGUGUGAAAAGGAAAAGGAAGCCUUUGAGAAGAAAUAUGUAUGGAAUGCCUAUCCAUGUUGAAGAAACUAGUGAAGGAGAUGAAGAGGAGGAGGAGGAAGAGGAAGGAAAAGAGGAUGUAGAUGAAGCAGAAGAAGCUGAAGAAAAUGAUAGACCGUACAAUCUGAGACAACGGAAGGCAGUGCAGAGAUACCAAGCCCCUCCAAUAGAGCCUGUUCAUCGGAGACAAAGACAAAGCACACUGUUUGAUACACACCGAUCUCCUGCAAGAAGAAGCCACAUCAGAAGAAAGAAACAUGCAAUCCACAGCAGUGACACCACAUCAUCAUCUGAUGAAGAGCGUUUUGAAAGACGGAAAUCUAAAAGCAUGGCUAGAGCAAGGAACAGAUGUCUACCGAUGAACAUUAGAGCAGAAGAUUUAGCAAGUGGGAUUCUAAGGGAACGUGUGAAAGUUGGUGCCAGUCUGGCUGAUGUAGAUCCAAUGAACAUCGAUACUUCGGUGUGGUUUGAUAGUGUUGGAGGACUUAGCCAGCAUAUUCAGGCACUCAAGGAAAUGGUGGUUUUUCCACUGCUGUAUCCUGAAGUAUUUGAACGAUUCAAAAUUCAGCCACCAAGGGGCUGUUUGUUCUACGGACCUCCUGGAACUGGCAAAACCUUGGUAGCUAGAGCUCUAGCUAACGAAUGUGGUCAAGGGGACAAAAAAGUUUCUUUCUUCAUGCGAAAAGGUGCAGAUUGUCUUAGCAAAUGGGUAGGGGAGUCUGAACGGCAACUCAGGCUUCUAUUUGAUCAGGCUUAUUUAAUGCGACCCUCCAUAAUCUUUUUUGAUGAAAUUGAUGGUUUGGCUCCUGUUCGUUCCAGCAGACAAGAUCAAAUUCACAGUUCCAUAGUGUCUACGCUGCUUGCACUGAUGGAUGGAUUGGAUAACCGAGGGGAAAUAGUUAUAAUUGGUGCUACGAAUAGACUUGAUUCCAUUGACCCUGCGCUCAGGAGACCUGGUCGUUUUGAUAGGGAAUUUCUUUUCAACCUGCCUGAUAAAAAGGCACGAAAGCACAUAUUUCAGAUACAUACUAGAGACUGGAAUCCCAAAUUGUUGCAGCCUUUCCUUGAAGAAUUAGCUGAAAAAUGUGUUGGGUACUGUGGUGCUGACAUUAAAGCACUUUGCACUGAGGCAGCCUUGUUUGCCCUUCGCCGGCGCUAUCCUCAGAUUUAUGAAUCUCGUCAGAAGCUGCAGCUGGAUGUUUCGUCUAUUGUAAUAAAUGCCCAGGACUUCUACCUUGCAAUGCAGAACAUUGUGCCUGCUUCACAACGUGCUGUUUGCUCUCCGGGACAAGCACUCUCCCACAUCAUUAAGCCUCUGCUGGAAAAUGUCUUCAAUGAAAUCUUAAUUGCUUUGUACAAGAUUUUUCCCCAUGCUGAGCAGACAACGAACGAGAACAAAGAUGAUGGUACGAGCAAUGUCCUGGAGGAUUGCAUCUACAGUGAUGAUGAGGAUGAAGCCGCAAUUUUUGACAGUAUUUCAUUAGGAUCACCAAAGAAACAACCACCAGCUCCUAAGCGUAAACCCUUUCUACAUUUCUCUAUGUCAGCGCAUCACCAGCCAACAUCCCAUCGACCUCGGUUGCUUCUCUGUGGAGACAAAGGAUGUGGUCAGAGUUCACAGCUUGCUCCUGCUUUGUUGCAUUCAUUGGAGAGGUUCUCUGUUCAUAGGUUAGAUCUGCCAGCAUUGUACUCCGUCAGUGCCAAAACUCCAGAGGAGUCGUGUGCACAGGUUUUCCGUGAGGCACGUCGAACAGUACCGAGCAUAAUUUACAUGCCUCACAUUCGAGAGUGGUGGGAUGCAGUCAGCGAAACAGUAAAAGCUACUUUCAUGACAUUGCUUCAGGAUAUACCAUCCUUUUCCCCCAUUUUAAUAAUGGCUACCUCUGAAACGGCAUAUGCCGAGCUGCCAGAUGAGAUUAAAUGCAUUUUUGCAGUUGAUUAUGGGGAAAUUAUAGUUCUGCAAAGACCUGGUGAAGAUGAAAGAACAAGGUUUUUUGAAGAUUUAAUACUGAACCAAGCAGCAAAACCACCACCAAGGAAGAAAAAAGCUGCUUUUGUAGCCUUGGAAGUCCUUCAACCAGCACAACCUCCUACACCAAAACAACUGUCAGAGGAAGAGCAGAAACGGAUGGAAGAGCAGGAGGAAAAUACCCUUCGGGAACUCCGACUUUUUCUCAGGGAUAUUACCAAAAGACUGGCCACUGAUAAACGUUUUAGUAUUUUUAGUAAACCUGUGGAUAUUGAAGAGGUUUCUGACUACUUGGAGGUCAUCAAACAGCCAAUGGAUUUAUCAACAAUAAUGACAAAAAUUGACAACCACCAAUAUGAAACCGUGCAACAUUUCCUAACAGAUAUUAGCCUCAUCUGUAGCAAUGCUCUUGAGUACAAUCCUGAUAAAGAUCCUGGAGAUCGUAUAAUUCGGCACAGAGCCUGCACGCUCAAAGAUACUUCCCAUGCAAUAGUCGCGGCUGAACUGGAUCCUGAAUUUAACAAACUCUGUGAAGAUAUCAGGGAAUCCAGGAGAAAACAAGGCAUCUCACCAGUAGAUCAACAAACAAAUCAUAGUGCAACAGCAAAGCGAGAAGAUUCAACUCAAGAUUCAUCUCACAAUUUAGAAGCAAGGACCACAAAUGGGGAAUGCAAGCAGACAAUUCAGAUUAAAAGGAAACCACGUCGACGUUCUAAAUGGGGUCGUGGCAUUAUUAAGAAAUCUAAAAAGGUGAACCAUCUCAAGAAAGACGACUUCAACAAGAGUUAUGAGGCUGAUGGCGAUCUAGGUGAAGAGAGUGAGCUGGCAGAGAAUGGAGAACUGGAAGUGAGUACAGAUUAUCCCGAGGAGAAUGGAGACCUCUCCCUCACCAAUGACGAGUCAUCAUGUGACAUCAUGGAUGUUAACCAGAUGGCAAAUAAACUUGAAAAUGGUACAAUAAAGAAAGAGAGCGCGGGUGUCAAAUCCACUGGCAAAGAAGAUUGUGCAGACUUUUUAACGGAUGGAAACAAUGAGUUUCCUUUAACAAAAGAAAAAGCUGCUCCGGGAGAACAGUGUGUACCUAACGAUGCCUGCAGUGCUGGAAAGGAGUCGGCACCCACUGAGUGCACGUGGAGCGACGAGUCCAUGGCGAGUGCUGAGAGUGAACCCAGUCAGGAGUGUUUGGCUGGUGGGGAAUACACACCUAAUGAUGAUUCUAUCCCUGGUAAAGAUGAUUUGUCUGAUGCAAAGCAUGAACGUGGGAAGGAAUGUGAACAUACCAAGGCAUCCAUGAUUCAGCUUGUGCCAAACGCAAAAAUACCUGUGGUGGAAAAAGACAGAAAGCACCUGGUUGAAGAAAGUUCUCACUCAGAUACUCAUCCAACACAGCCAGAUAUUGUAGUGAAGUGUUCUCAGAAUGAAGAUAUUGCUCUAAAAGCACUAGAAUUGGAAAAGGAUGUUUUGGGCAGUGUGAAGCAGGGGCAGCCAGCACAUGCAGAGCAUCAGACAGUGGUGCAUAUGGAGCAGGUGUUGGAAGACAUUUUGGAACCUAUCCCUCCACUAAUUGUAGACCAUGCACAACUAAAGCAUUUUCUCCAGUUGGCCGUUAAGAAGAGUAAUAACUUCACGGUUGAUCAACUUGAAAAGCUUUAUUCUUUGCUUAGUCAAUGCAUCUAUCGUCAUCGCAAGGAAUAUGACAAAUCUUGUUUACUAGAGAGAUUGUUUGUUUGCUUACUUGGAACUGGACUGAAGCUUCAGUUUGCAGGUCAUCCUGGUUAA